GGCAGACCAGACACCGAGCAGAGCCGUCAAUCUGCAAGCAACCCCCCCUCCCUUGUCUCUUUUCGCUCUGGAGAUUGGAAAAGUGAUUUAGAAGCUCUGCUCAGAGCCAGGCUUCUACAAACCACAUCUACAUCUCCCACAAACCACACCAGGAACAAAAGCAAACAUCUGCCAAGGAUCCACGACGACCCCCCUCCCAGAAUGGCCACCAUCACAUGCACCCGCUUCACCGAUGAGUACCAGCUCUUUGAAGAACUGGGCAAGGGAGCCUUCUCAGUGGUUCGCAGGUGUGUGAAAGUGUUGUCGGGCCAGGAAUAUGCUGCCAAGAUCAUCAACACCAAGAAGCUGUCCACCAGGGAUCACCAGAAACUGGAGAGAGAGGCACGAAUCUGCAGACUGCUGAAACAUCAUAACAUUGUGCGGCUUCACGACAGCAUCUCAGAAGAAGGAUACCACUACCUUAUCUUUGACCUAGUGACGGGUGGAGAGCUCUUUGAAGACAUUGUUGCCAGGGAAUACUACAGUGAGGCUGAUGCCAGCCACUGUAUCCAGCAGAUACUGGAAGCAGUUCUCCACUGCCACCAGAUGGGUGUUGUUCACAGAGAUCUCAAGCCCGAGAACCUGCUGCUGGCAUCCAAGUCCAAAGGAGCAGCUGUCAAGCUGGCUGAUUUCGGCUUGGCCAUUGAGGUUGAAGGGGACCAACAAGCAUGGUUUGGCUUUGCCGGCACACCUGGAUACCUGUCACCCGAAGUCCUACGCAAGGAUCCAUAUGGGAAAGCUGUGGACUUGUGGGCAUGUGGUGUAAUACUAUACAUCCUAUUGGUGGGUUAUCCCCCCUUCUGGGAUGAAGAUCAGCACAGGCUCUACCAACAAAUCAAGGCUGGGGCAUAUGAUUUUCCUUCCCCUGAGUGGGACACUGUCACACCAGAGGCCAAAGACCUCAUCAACAAGAUGCUGACCAUCAACCCUGCCAAGCGUAUCACUGCUUCUGAGGCCCUGAAGCAUCCCUGGAUUUCACACCGCUCCACCGUGGCCUCCUGCAUGCACAGACAGGAGACCGUGGAGUGCUUGAAGAAGUUCAAUGCACGGAGGAAGCUCAAGGGUGCCAUUCUAACAACAAUGUUAGCCACACGCAACUUCACAGGGCCAAAGAGUGUGCCGAACAAGAAGGGCGAUGGUGUAAAGAAAAGGAAGUCCAGUUCCAGCGUCCAGCUCAUGGAGUCGUCGGAAAGCAGCAACACAACCAUUGAGGAUGAAGACACCCGAGUUAAGAAACAGGAAAUCAUCAGAGCGACAGAGCAGCUCAUUGAAGCCAUCAGCAAUGGAGACUUUGAGAGCUACACGAAGAUGUGUGAUCCCAGUGUGACGGCCUUUGAACCCGAAGCCCUUGGCAACCUGGUAGAGGGUUUGGACUUCCAUCGCUUCUACUUUGAGAACUUGUGGUCCAAGAACAGCAAACCAGUCCAUACCACCAUCCUGAACCCCCACAUCCACUUGGUGGGGGAUGAAGCUGCCUGCAUUGCCUACAUCCGCAUCACCCAGUACAUCGACACCAACGGCAUGCCACGUACCGCCCAAUCCGAGGAAAGCCGCAUCUGGCACCGGCGUGAUGGAAAGUGGCAGAUUGUCCACUUUCACCGUUCGGGUGCACCCUCUGCCAUUGCUAAAUGAGACCUCCUAGUUCAACAUAAAGGGAUGGAGGGACAGGUCUCCCCAAACCAUGGUGACAGCUGGCAGGGUGCGAACCACCCUGAGGAGCUGGACCUCCUUCAUCUCAUCGUUUACUUGAAACCUGUUUACACUUCUGCUCCGUCAGCAUGCACGGUGUCGUUCCCACGCGUGCUGUGUGUGUGUCUGCGGAUGCCGCUGCCGCCAUGCCGCUUCUUAUUCCUCCAUGCUGCCAAUUUGGUCCAAUUUUUCAUAAUGACAAGGCUACUCCAGUUAUAUCUAAUUUUUAUUUUACAUUUUUCAGUUUUUUUUUUUUUUUUAAUUUAAUCGUAGUUUUAAAAUGUGUUGAAAAUCCAGCCACUGCCUAUGAGUUACUCAGAACUGUUGUAACCAGAACUGGAAGCUUGGAUCCACUGGCACUGUCACACAGCAAUGAUGCUUGCGAAUGACGCUUAUUAAAUCCACAUUUUUUGAAGACUAGCAAGAGAGAUAUUCUUCAUGUACUGCACUGUGUAAAACACUCUGUUUGGUUACUGAGUGUGUGGUGAAAAUUGAUGUGUAACCAGUACAUUUGGUAUGAACCACUUUACUGAUUUUUUUACUUAAAUGUUAUGGAAUGCUAAUAUUUAUACUUAUGAUGACAAAUUAUGUUUAUUUGGUUUAUUCAUUACAGGUGAAAAAAAAAGAUUUUUGGUCAGGGUUUAACCUAACAUUUUUCCCAUUGCAGUAGAAGCAUCUGCUUUUGGCCUGUGGGAAGUUUGACAAAGCAUAUAUGUGUUUUUCAAUUUCUUUUCAAGUUCUGAUUUGAAUGGUGAACAUUAAUCAAGGUUCUCAACAAAGUGUGGACAGGGUAAGGCAUUGCUGUUGUGUGCAUUCUGCUGGAGUUCACAGAGUGUUUUCUUUUGGGGUCUUCCAUUGAAGUACUGCAUAGGAACAAAUAUGAUGGAGUAUCAUGGAAUGUCAACCAAAUGGAAACAUCUGUGCAUGCUUGUGUGUGUGUGUGUGUGUGUGUGUGUGUGUGUGGUGAGAACUGAGAACACCUGCACCAUGCAGAAAGGGAGCUACAAUUACAGGUGCAAUGCUCCCUCUGUAAUCAUCAAAUAGCUCUGCAUGAUAUGAUAUUGAGUGUGUCUGGAAAAUGGACAAUAAACAUAACAAUGAUAUUUACUGUAUGUUUAAUUUAUGCAUAUUUUAUUUGUGUAAAGCAGAGAAAAAAGACAUUUAUUGUAGAUUUUAUGUUAUUUAGAUUUAGGUCACAUGUAUGGUAAUAUGAUAAAGCAGAGAAUAACAUAAGA